AUGCUAGUUAGGUUGGCUGCAGUUGAUGGCCUUUGUGAGUUGGUUUCCAAGGUGUUUGGGGUUUUAGAUCUUGUCCGCACUUACUAUGUGAAUCUAUCAGUUUUUACCUCUAUUCCUGAUUUUUGGGGCAUUGGCCAGUUGUUUCCUAUUAUUCCAAUACACAGGCUCGAUGAGUGUCCUGCAGUGAGGGGGAUUUUGAUGGACUUAACGUGUGAUAGUGAUGGGAAGAUCGACAAAUUCAUAGGAGGUGAAACUAGCCUGCCUCUGCAUGAGUUGGAAGGAAAUGGUUGUAUUAAUGGUGAUGGUGGGAGCUAUUAUUUGGGGAUGUUCUUGGGUGGGGCUUAUGAGGAGGCAUUCUGGAAAGUUCGUACCUUGUUUAGUGGUCCAAGUGUGGUGCGAGUCUCUCAAUGCAAUGGUCCAUACAGCUUCGCCGUGACUCAAGGUCAACGUCCGCCCGGGCUGAGUUUCAAUGCUGGGUUAAUGUAG